AUGCAUAAUUUCAAAGUGUCAAACAAUGAUUUCUCUGUUAAAUCCACUACUCAUAGUUUCAAAUUGGUGUUAUGUGGGCCAACUUAUGUUAAGAAGGCAGAACUCCCUGAUAUUCCUAUGUAUUACCUGAACAUUCUUCAUUUGGAUUCCAUUGUUGAAGGAAAAUUCCAGUAUAAUGUUUUUGUUGAUAUUCAUGGAGGAGUGACCGAGAUUUCUCAAACCCAAAUGAAUGUUGAUAACAGCAAGAGCAAAAUUGUGUUUUCAAUUACUGAUAAUAGACCUGAAGUACAAUGUACUCUUUGGGGUCAACUUCCCAUAAAAUUUCACGAUUAUUAUAAAAGUCAUAAGGAAGAUGGUAAUAUAGUUGUUCUGUUGAUUAAUGCCAGGAUUAAGGAGGCUCAAGGAGGGUUUCCUUUGAACACCUCCAAUGCUUGGAAUAACACAAAGUUACUGAUUAAUGAUGUUACCAUUGAUGAAGUUAGCAAACUCAGAGACGGGUGUUUGGGGACUACAUGUGUUACUGUUGCGACUUUGGAUAAAUUUGAGGCUGGACAGUCAGGCUGGUAUUAUGAUGGAUGUGUUGAUUGCACAAAAAGUGCGUCAUUGCAUGAUGGAAAGUUGGUCUGUUAUUCCAAACACAUUAGUCCAGAGCCUGUACCAAGAUAUAAACUCAAAGUUUUGGCUGUUGAUGGUAAAUACAAGGCCACAUUCAUUUUUUGGGACGGAGAUUGCAUCAAGUUGAUUGGGAAGUCUGCUCUUCAAAUGAAAGAUGAAUUGAUAGAGGUCGGUGAAGAUGAUCCGCUUGAAUUCCCUUUUGCACUUGAUGCAAUCCUAAAGCAGGAAUUGGCUAUUAAGCUUCUACCAACGGAGCCUUCGUCCCAAGAUGAACCAAUAUCCUUUACUCAUGAACCUUUAUCUGCAUCUGCCGAUUAUGACCAUGCUGUUGGAAAUUCAAGUCGGACUCCAUCAAAAAGGACUUUACCUAAUGAUGUGGAAGAUAUUAAGAGUGUCCAACUUUCCUCAACCAAGUUAGUUAAGGAUAUCAAGAAGUAG